CGUUGCUCUUCUUUCCAGAGGAAGAGGAAUGUCAGACAGGACUCGUAUGUCAACACUGAAGAUCCUCCGGAGAGAGGCGUACUCCCAACAACCUGAUGGUCCUUUGAUGACGCUUUCUAUCUCUUUUCUCCGCGGACAUUGACUUCACCCAAGAGAAGAGCAGCCGCCGAGCCCUAGUGUUCCCCGGACGAUGACAGAGUUUGCACGGAGUUAAAUCUGCAAUCUUUACACAUAUUUAAAUCAGAGGGGAGGGGGGGGAAUUGGUGGGAAUCUGAUUAGCUUUAGCCUUGAGGUUAGCCUGUUCGUUCGGUAGAUUAUAAAUCCAUUCCAACCCGUGUGGCACACUGUUGACAUGAUGUUUCCAUCAUCGAGACACUCGGCGUCAGCACAGUCCGGUCAGCCCCUGAAGUUCACCACCUCGGAUUCCUGCGACCGCAUCAAGGAUGAGUUUCAGUUCCUCCAAGCACAAUACCACAGUUUGAAGAUGGAGUGUGACAAGCUGGCCAGUGAGAAGUCAGAGAUGCAGCGUCAUUACAUCAUGUAUUAUGAGAUGUCGUAUGGCCUGAACAUUGAAAUGCACAAACAGGCUGAAAUAGUCAAGCGGCUGAGUGGGAUCUGUGCCCAGGUGAUCCCGUACCUGUCCCAGGAGCAUCAGCAGCAGGUGAUGGGCGCCAUCGAGCGAGCCAAGCAGGUCACGCCCCCAGAGAUGAGCUCCAUCAUUCGGCAACAGCUGCAGGUGCACCAGCUGUCCCAGCUGCAGGGCCUGGCGCUGCCCAUGACCUCCCUGCCCAUGGGGCUGACCCCGCCCACGCUGCCCGCCGUCUCCUCCAGCUCCGGGCUGCUGUCCCUCACCUCCAUCCUGGCCAACCACUCCCACAGCCAGGCCCAGCUGGCCAAGGAGGACAAGGCCAGGGAGGCGGCCGAGAGGGAACAGCGGGAAGAGGACGGGGACAAGUCGGACUAGAGGGGGGCGAGAGGGGGGGAGGCGGGCGGGGCGGACCAGACUAACCAAUGACGGAAGAGGAGAGGUGGGAGGAAAGGUGGAGGUAGCGUGUGAUUGGAGGAGAGGGAUUGUGGUGUUGUGGGGGGGACAGGAGGAGAUAACGUUCAGAGGAGGUCAGCGUGAGGCUCUAGCUAGAGGCUGUGGGGUCAGCGUGAGGCUCUAGCUAGAGGCUGGGAGGUCAGCAUGAGGCUAUGAGGUCAGCAUGCACAGCGUGUUGUUGCUUCAGAGGAGCACGCUAACCGGGUGAAUGCUAACGGCAGCGUCCCCCGCAGUGUUCACAUCCUUCAGGAGUCCUACCGUACUCCAUCUCCCACAAUCCUCCUCUUCUGUUUGGUUCUUUUUGAUUAUCGCUUUAUUGAAAGAAAAAAAAAAUCUAAACUGUAUAUUUCAUCGUUUUGUUUGGGGCUGUUUUUCUUUCGUUUUCUUUGAGGUAUUUUUGUUCAUCCUCCCCGAUAUGAAAUGUACUCCUGUUCUUUCCUCUUAACUGCCCUGUGUGUUGCUUUCAUUCUGCUCUCUAAUCGCACAACUUUUUAUCAGUUACCCCCCUAAUAUUUCUGGACCACGAGGCGAUUCUCUGAACCGGGGGCCAAGAUGGCCGCCGCCUGGAGCUCGACGAAGCGCUUUCUUGGAUCAACUUGUUGUCCUCUACUGAGCUCAUCACCUCAGCCUUGUACCUCACCCCUACAAAAAGUGUAUUUUCCAUCAGUUAAACAUACUGUUUUACCUUUUAACUAUAAAAUCAUAGUGAAAACA